CAGACAGAACGCACACACACCCACACACUCCCAUAAAAACCUGAAAUACCCUGUGUUUUCUCAGAAGUCACGAACCGUGCCACUGCCAGCAUCACACGGCCAGCUUCUGGUGUUGUUGUUGUUGUUGAGGGAGACGUCUUAUCAUCGGCAGCCAAUAUUUUAAGCCGGGGACGCUGAAGAAGGAUGUAUGCAUCUGAGCAGCCAAUCACGCUUUUGCUGUUUUGCCUGUUCGGCUCAGCUACCUCAUCCCCCGUUUCCAUUUACACACCUUCUCCACCUCUCGCAUCGCAAAUUUCACCUCCCUCUCCCUCUUCAACAAUCCUCCCAUCUCUACCCUCUCCUUCUCUCAGUGUCCCACCCUUCAUGCCUCCCCUCGUCAGCAGCUCUGGAGAGUCAGCAGAAAAGGUCGGCUGCCCUCUGAGGCUGUCACCCUCCACUCUGGUGGUCAGGUUUGGACAUCCAGCCACAGCUAACUGCUCUGUACAAAGGAUGGGUUUCUCUCUUCUCGGCUGGGAAGUCUCAUUGGCGGCUCCUGAACCCACGAUGGAUCGUUUUCUCAUCUGGACUGUGGACAGGAUGAGCGAGUGGAGCAUCAAGCCUAUGUGCUAUGCACUGUCUGAACAGGGAGGGCAGUGCCACAUUAACCUCCCUCUAAUAGUCUACAAGCCUCCAGAUAAUGUUUCCAUCAGCUUUGUUAACCACACCGGGCCGAUGUUUGAGGGUGGUCAGUACACUCUGCAGUGUACAGUACAGGAUGUCGCUCCUGUUCAAAACCUCAUUGUGACCUUCUACAGAGGACAGACAGCACUGGGUCAACAGCAGUCCAAGAAUAACACAGAGAAGAAGAAACCAGUAACUGAGAUCUUCACUUUAAAUAUCACCCCCAGUAAAGAAGAUGAUGGAGCCCAGUACUGGUGUGAAGCCAAGCUAGAACUGGGACCUGAAGGACCUCGGCUUCCUCCAGUGGUGAUGUCUCCAAAACUCACAGCCACAGUCCACUUUGGUCCACAGCUCGUCUGUCCAACAAAACUGCGGGUGAGGGAGGGAGAGAGCCUCAGCUGUGAGGUGAGAGGAAACCCUCAACCAUUGGUCACCUGGUUUAGAGAUGGGCAGGUGGUUGCCCUGCCCACUCACUCAAGCAGAAAGCAUUCUGGGAAAUAUACAGUUUUGGCGAAAGGGCUUCUUGAACAGAAAAACUUUACGGUGGAGGUGGAGGUCCUUGACGGCAGCGGAACCACAAACAGCUGUAACAGACAUGUCCUGAUGGCUCUCCUGCUUAUUCAGACGAUUUACUGUCUGUAAAACCUCCUUAACAACCCAACAUGAUCUUCUGCUGUGAGGAUGAACUGCUCCUGCUCUGAGAAGCGUCCGUCAGGGAUGACUCUACUCACUGCUUUGUGCCGCUCUUCGUUUGUUGAAAUGGAUCUGUGUCCUUUUGCACAUCAUUUAACGCUCCAAAUAAAAAACAAAAACAAAAAACACAAUGGGGUCUAAUUAGAGGCGGAUGAAGUUCUUUCAGAGAGCUUCUGCCCAGGUACAUUUAAUGUUUUAAACUGAAGUCUCCAUGUAAAUCUAAAGCUGCUCCAGAAAGAAAUUCACAUUUUAAUUUUGUGCAAUGUAGCAAUCGACAUUCAUGCUGUCAGAGUGUGGCAUCUACGCUUUUAACACUGCAAAGCACCAGAUCUUUCACCAGGGUUAUGUCCUGUCUGCUGUACAUGAAAAUGCUGAACUAGCCGUACGUUCUCGGCUUUAGACUUGAAUGCAUACAAAUACAAAAUAAGGCCACAAUAAACAGAAUUGCAGGUGAUUCAUUGAUGCAAUUGAAAAUGUGUAAAAGAGGCAAACAAUUUGAUUUGAAGUGUUGAAACACUCUACGACUAACUGCUACGGGUUUGACCAAGUCUUUAAAUGUUCUGCUUGAAAAUCCAGCCAGGCCACUUUGACCAUACGUCCCUUUUCAACAACAAUUUGAAAUAAAAAAUUAAAAGUUAAAGGGUAAGAUUUGCAUUAGCUACUGCUCCUCAUAUUAAGACAUUUAAGAAAAAAAACACCAGCUACAUAACAUGGAAGCUCUUUACUAUUUAUUAAUUCAAAGCAAAUCAUUUAAAUUUCAAACAAAGCCUUUCAAAUACAAUCCUUUGAGUAGCAGCAGCAGGUUUUUACCAGAAAAUGUCAGUUCACAUCUCUGCUUUUUGGUAAAAGUGCCAAUUAGUAUUACUGCCAUCAGUUUCCUCAUCUCAUGCUCAACACAAGUCUUAAAGAACAAAAAUAAUAUGCCAACACACCUUCAGCUGAGAAGCACACAGAGCUUGUGGGUGUAGACAAAAAGUCAGAUUAAUAGUAUCUUAUUUAUUUUGCGAGAAUCCAACACAUGUCCAGUCUGUCUCCAAGGAAACUGAUCCCAUUUAAAGGGAAGAGCCGGAUGCACGAUUUUCGAUCCACUUGACAAAAUAUCUGGGUCAUCAGCACUAAAGCAAGUUAUUACAAUCUUCAAGGUAUCUUGCAGCACUUGACAUUCACCAAAUGUGAAUUAUAUUCUUUUGAAAGCUGAAAUAAAAUAAACUACAAAAACACAAAUAAACCCAAUGCAACUCAACAAAAUCUUUUUUUGAAGAUGUUGUCCCUGGAAUUGGAAGUCUAACAAAAUAUUGAUUCAAGCAUUAUUGAUUAGCGUUUCCUCACCACAUCUCAUGGUCAUCAUUAGCAGGAGUUUGAAAGACGUGUUAUUUAACAGGCAGGGAAGCCACAAAAAAAAAAGACACCAUUUGUUGCAUUUUGGGAAGUGUAUAUUAUUGCUUGAUUCACAGUAGGGACCAAAAGUCAGGAAGUUUUCAUUUUGCUAAUUAUUUUUAUUUAUUUAUUUAUUUAUUUAUGUGUGGGUCAUCCACCUUUAUAUGAGUGGAAUACUAAAGUUCUAA